AACGAAGCGCUCGAUCGCCAGUGCACGAGCGCCGAGAGAGAACUGCAGCGGCAACGAGCACUCGCCAUAACACGUUCCAGCGAUAGACCGUCUGUUAUUCAACACAGACCCAAGAAUUUCUUCUUUCUUUUAGGUACAUCCGACCGUGCGUGCUGCAAGAUGUUGCAAAAAGUGGUAGGGUCGUGCUCUCUUGCCUCUCGGAGAGGUUUGUGUGUGUGUGUGUGUGGGAGAGAGACGCGCGCAAAGAUAAAUGUUCAAUUUAAUUUAAGAUUAACAGAUAGGAUACUACUGAUGUUAGUUGGUCUAAAUUAAUUAGGGUAGUCACAAGUUCACUUAGUUAUAUGGGUUCCCUUCAAGACACGAUCGAACUCUGUGUUUGGAUAUGUCUCAUAACUGUGCAGCUCAGGGGGCCCGUCAUUACCCGCCACUGCUCGUACUGUACUACCGAGAGAGAGAGUGUGUGUGUGUGUAUUGAGUCAAUGCGUCUUUCUCUUCUCUGUAGGUUUAACUGCUUCGAGUACAGCGAUGGUUUUACCUCCAUGCUGAGAAAUGACAUGUAGCUUUUAAAUUGAAACAAUUUUAUUGAUUGAAUAGUGAAAAUCGUGUCAUUUUAUCGUCUUGUUUGGACGUGCGAGCACAAUCACGUGCUUUCCAUAAAUCACGCCGGCGCUGACUGACGUCACAUGUUCGAAAUUAGAAUGUUCAGAAUCUGCAUAUAAUCAUUCUGCUUGAUCACUUUCGAAACCUAGUCUGCUUGUUUGCAUUCUGCUCUACUGCAAGAUUCGCUCUGCUUUACAGCAAUAUACACGUUGCUUCAUUGCACUCUUGACCCAAGGGUCCAAUAUAUCAAGUCUGCAGUCUGUCUGCAAGACAUUGCAUUUAUCUAGAUUUUAGAAAAUUCAACUGGUUCCCAAAAACAAAACCAUGCUGAUCACUGCCAGUCUGUUGAUGCUGUGGUGGUACUCCACUAGGGUGAAAAAUAAUUCACCAGAUACAGUUAAAGAGGAGGACACCAAACAACAACAAAUCUCCAGAAAGACAACCAAGAGUCAACUGGAGUGGCAUUUCACAGAAGGAUCUGAGACUCCCACUACCUCUGCAUCUGACACAGUCUCUGAGACUGACAUUGUGCCUGAGACUAUUAUUGUCCCUAAGACUGAAAUUGUGCCUGAGACUGGGACUGUCCCUGAGAAUCCCAUUGACCCUGAGACUAACACUGUCUCUGAGACUGUUAUCGUCCCUGAGACUGACAUUGAACCUGAGACUGACAUUGUGCCUGAGACUGUUAUUGUCCCUGAGACUGAAAUUGUGCCUCAGACUGGGACUGUCCCUGAGACUAACACUGUCUCUGAGACUGUUAUCGUCCCUGAGACUGACAUUGAACCUGAGACUGACAUUGUGCCUGAGACUGUUAUUGUCCCUGAGACUGACAUUGUGCCUGAGACUGGGACUGUCCCUGAGAAUCCCAUCGUCCCUCAGACUAACACUGUCUCUGAGACUGAGAUUGAACCGGAGACUGAAAUUGUCCCUGAGACUGUCAUUGUCUCUCUGACUGACAUUGUCCCUAAAUCCGUCAGUGUCCCUGAGUCUGACAUUGUCCCUGAGAGUAUCAUUGUCUCUGAGACUGACAUUGUGCAUGAGACUGACAUUGUCCCUGAGACUGACACUGCCUCAGAGAUAACACUGCCCUUGACACUGACACUGCCUCUGAGACUUUCACUGCCUAUAACACUCACACAGCCUCUCAAACUGAACCUCCCUCUGAAACUGGCCCUGCGUCUGAGAAUGACAAUUCCACUGAAGGUGACACUGCCUGUCAGACUAACACUGCCCCUCAGAAUGAGCCUGCCUCUCAAAUUGAGACUGCCUCAUAGACUGGCACUGCAUCUCAGACUGACAGUGCCUUUCAAACUGAUAGUACAUUUCAGACUGGCACUGCCUCAAAGACAACACUGCCUCAUAACUUCCACCGCCUCGAAGACUGACACUGCAUCGGAGCCUACCUCUGCCUCUGAGACUGACACUACCUCAGAGACUGACCAUACCUCAGAGACUGACACUACCUCUGAAGCUCCCACUGUCUCUGAGUCUGACUUUGAAAAUCAGAUGGCUGCUGCUUCUCAAUGGAUCUGAUCCAGCUACUGCUUCUCAGACAUCCACUGUCUCUGAGACUGACACUCCCUGAAGACCUGAGCCCCUUUUAACAUAUAGAAUCUUUUCCAUUCUUUAUAUGUUGCAAUAAAAAAAAAAAAAAAUGAAAAAAAAAAAAAAAAAAACAUUACACUACAUUAAUUGCUUAUUUUCUGUACUAUUCUUAAAAGGAAGGGAAUUCAUGCCACAGUUGAGUCGAUGAUAGGAGCAUUGCUUUUCAUGUUUAAAAUCAUUCCACAGUAGAAAGCAUUGUUAAAUAAUAUAUUAAUUAUAUGGUAUUCAAUGAUGUUAUCAAUAUUUAACUUCCCCAGUGCAGUAUUGACUAUUUAAGCAGAUUCCAUGUCAAGACUGUCAAAUUAGCUCAAAGGGCAGAAUCAAUAUUAUAAUUAACUAAUCUGUUUGUCCAGUAAACAUUCAGUGCAAUUUCAUAUCAACUCUUAAGAAAUAUUAUUUUCAUUACCACAGAAAAUAAUGUGUUAAGAGUACUAAUGCAUUUAGAGCAUGUAGCAAGAUUGGCUCGUUAAAGGGACUUAAACUGUAAAUUCAGACAUACUACUCUUUACUCCCUGUUUUUUACCUUAAAUAUGUGAUUUCAGACGCAGCCUGUGUUUUGAAGGAAUUAAUAAACUAAGUGAUUCAGUUAUUCACUCAUAAAGAUGGUUGUUUCUUUUCAGAUUGAAUCAAUAUUUUUAAUAAAUUGGCUUACUAAAUGUUUCAGUGAUUCACUCAUAAAUACAGUGGUUGCAUCCAAAUAUGCCCGCUUCCUUAGCUAUUAUAUAGUGGUCAAUAAAUACAUAAUAAUAAUAAUAAUAAUAAUAAUAAAACAGUAUGUUGAAACAGUGGUAUGUCUAUAGUAGUACACAUAAAUAAUAUGUAAUUACUAUUCAAAAGAAGCACUUAUAAAGAGAAUAUGCAGUUUUGGAAGCAGCCAGUUAGUUGAUUCGUUCCAGAAUAAAGCCAUGGUGUAUUUAAUCGGUUGACUGAAGAGUUCAACGAUUCAUUCAUCCAAAUGUAGCACAUGGCAGUCCAGAAGCAAAUGGUUGAGGUAUAUUCUGUGGACUGUUCUUUGCAGUACUGCUCUGAACAAUGAUGGCAGAAGACACAGGGUCAGCAACCCAAAAGAUACUAGUGCCCAGACUGCAUCAACAUCAGACACCUGUAUAAAACCAAACAAAAACAAUAUUAGGAAAUGUGGAUGAUCAGUUUUAUGUGUCCUGCCUACACUGCCAUGCCAUUGGGUCAGUUCAUCCAAACUUGAAAUUUAUGUCAUCAUUUACUCACCCAUGAGUUUUGUUUAUUUUCAGAACACAAAUGAAGGCAUAUUCACUGAAAUCAGAGAAAUUUCUGUCCUUCAACUGAAUGUCUAUAGUAUUUACCCAAAACUUUAGACAGUUGAUCAUAUAUAGCGAGCAUGUCUCUUUAGAAGACUUGAUCUGUUUUUCCACCAUAGGGCCACACCGUUGGGCUGAUAACACUAGAGCUCUUUGGAAUGCAACACAAAUGUGUCAGUCAUUGCCUUGGUAAUGCAAGAGUUAAGAUACAGUACCAGAUGUAAAUAGCACCAAUGUUAUGAAGGAUUAAAUAUUUAUUUAAAUUUUACUAUUAACGUAUUUACUUUGCUCAAAUAGAAGGCUUGGCCAGCUACAGAGAAACUGGUAGAAACAUCUUUUUAUUUGCAUGUUGAGCAGUUUCUGCUACUACAAAACCUAUACUCAAAACUUUCAUUUAGACACAAUAAGACAACGUUUGAAUAAUAUGUAUUUAUUUAUUUGUUUAGUAAGUUAUUUAGUUAGUUAGUUAGCCGCAGACGCGGAGUUGUCAAGGUAACAUUUGGUCAAACAGACCCACUGCCUGGGAGGUCCAAACGCUUACACAAGACAGUAUUGCACACACCCUUGAAAGAUCUCACUUAAAGAGCUCUGCCCUUCGAAGGGAGUAGGAAGUAUGGGAUCAUGCUCACGUAAAUUUGAAAUUCGCCCCUAAAGUUUGGUGUAUCCAUGGCAGCAGAACUCUAGACGAUCACUUCGACGGCUCUGCUGCUUUAGGAUGAGUCAGCCUUGUAAAUACAGCAACAAAGUUCUCAUUGGUAAUUGGGCAGAGGAGAGAUUACAUGUAGGUAUAUGUGUGGCUUUAUCAAGAUCACUGUAAUUUUGUAUUCAUAGUUUAUAGAUAGAAUUGUGUUUGUGUGAAUUUCUCGACUUUUACUUGUGAUCUCGACAUAACAAAAGUUGUUUUAUCGUUAUCACAAAUUAAUUUUCUCGUGAUUUCAACAUAAAACAUGUUUUAUUCUUAAAACGACUUAAUUUUCUCGUGAUUAUGCGACAAACGUAAAAAAAAGUUGUUUUCCUUCCACAAUUAUUGUUUGAUUUUAUAAUAAAAUGCAUCUCAUCGACAGACGCUAUCUUAUUGUAAUGUUAUAUACAUAUAUAGUAUUGUGGAUAUUUUUGUUUCGUUUAAUAAUAAAGUCUACAAUAAAUACAUGUAGACUAAUCAAUGCUGAUUUCAAGAAGCAGUGGAAUAAAACGAGGUUUGACUUUUAUUCCCCUUUAAACCACUAGGUGGCACACAAAUUUACAUAAUAAUAAAUAGCUGGCAGACUGUCAUUUGUUGACAUGACAUGGUUCGAUUCAGAUGGUAAAUAUCAUAGUUAUUAAUCACAUCAUAAAAUAAAAUAUCGUGUUUAAUGUUACUACUGUAAAGAUAUAUACAAUUAUUAUGGCAUCUCCAGUGCUUUUAGAAUGUUUACUUAAUUUCGUGUUUCUGUAUUUUUAAAAUGAAUACAUUUGAAAUAGUAUUCUAAACUGAUACUAACUGAAGCUAAAUGUCAUUAUGCAAUGUUUACUGUUCCUGCUAUAAUUUUAUUAUAAGUCAGAAAUAGUAUGACUAUGCUAUACUGUUUUUUUUUUUAUUUUAUUAUUAUUAUUUUUUUUAGAUAAAAUUCAAUAUUGCAGACUUGGGAACAUUGCUUAAGUUUUUUUUUUUUUUUGCCUUUGGC